AGUGAAUGACAGUGACAGGCGAGAAAACAAUGGCAUUUAAGAAAUAAUAAAAAUAAAUCAAUUCGUGUGUGCUAUUUUAAUGUUGUUAGUGUAUCAAUAAUAUUAUUGUAAUCUGUAAAAGAUGAUUACAAAGUUAUAAAUAAAUACAUGUGAAAACAGGAAAAAAAUAGAAAAAUCUCUCUCAAAAUCACUUAAAUAUGGACUCAUUCUUUGGAUUGUUCGAUCCGUCGGACAACAACAACUGGGAUGCUAAUUCCGAAUCAAAUGUAGAGUCAUCGUCUGGUCCUAAGAAGUCGAAAGCUCUAAAGAAAACCGCUCGCCUUCUUACCAUGUCCUGUCAUAACUUGCCGCCUGAGCCCCAAUUAGGAAAUAUAGAGUACAAACUUAAACUAGUCAAUCCGUCGAAACAGAAAUUUGAGCAUUUGGUCACACAGAUGAAAUGGAGGCUUCGUGAAGGACAGGGUGAGGCCAUAUAUGAAAUAGGAGUGGCAGAUUCUGGACGUUUAGAAGGUUUGAGUGAUUCUGAGAUGCGGGCUUCUUUGCAAACUUUACAACAAAUGGCAUUUAAAUUGGGAGCUACAACUACUAUAUUACGACAAAAGACUGUUGGAGAUUUUAGAUCCGUUGCCGAAGUUCUCGUUAGAAAAGUACCAGAUGAUCAACAUAACAUAGAAAUACGAGUGGCUGUGAUGGGAAGUGCUGAUGCCGGCAAAUCUACGCUUCUGGGAGUAUUGACGCAAGGGCAGCUGGACAAUGGCAGAGGUCGCGCGAGGCUGAACAUGUUCAGACAUCUGCACGAAGUACAAUCAGGACGCACUAGCAGUAUUUCACACGAAAUAUUAGGAUUUGAUUCGCAGGGGAAUAUAAUAAACUACAACUACAGUGAAAUGAUGACAGCAGAAGAAAUAUGUGAUAUGUCAGCAAAACUCAUAACAUUUAUGGAUUUGGCAGGACAUAGAAAGUACUUAAGGACAACUGUGCAAGGUCUCACGGGUUAUAGUCCACAUCACGCCAUGCUUGUUGUAUCAGGAAGUGUGGACAUUGGAAGUAUGGCUCAUGAGCAUUUAGCACUUGUGAUUGCUUUGGAUGUACCAGUAUUUAUCGUUAUUACCAAAAUUGAUUUAAUUUCUCCGAGUGAAACAAUUAAUGAAUUGAGUACAGUUCUGAAGAGUGUAGGGUGCCGGAAGGUGCCCCUUGUAGUAGAAAAUGAAGAUGAUGUCAUGACAGCAUCGCAGCUGAUCUCCGAAAAUAUAGUUCCAAUAUUUUGUUGCUCCAGUGUUUCCGGUUUAGGAUUAGAUUUGCUGACAAAAUUUUUGCAUGUAUUACCACCUGGAGUUAGUAACACAGAGAAGGAAAGGCUAGAACAGCAAUUAUGUGAAUUUCAAAUUGAUGAAACUUUUAAAGUUGCAGAGGUGGGAAAUGUUGUAGGUGGUUUACUUGUUUGCGGAGUUCUUACUGAAGGCAGCAAGAUGCUAAUAGGUCCUUUGAAUGAUGGAAGUUUUAUGCCAGUAACAGUGCAAUCUCUACAUAGAAACCGUGCUCCGUGUCGAGUGGUGCGAGCAACUCAAAGUGCUUCACUGGGAUUAUCAAUCGAACCACCUGGACUGAGGUCAGGGAUGGUUUUACUGCCCAUGCAUGGUCAACCGAGGGGAACCUACUUUUUCCAAGCUUAUAUAUCAGUUAUUUUCCAUGCCACGGCAAUAUAUCCAGGCUUUCAAACUACAGUGCACAUUGGAAGCGUCCGGCAGACGGCGGUUAUCGAAGGAAUUAUGGGAUCCGAGUCACUCGAAACAAAUGACACCGCAUCGGUAUUAUUCCGCUUUAAAAGACAUCCCGAAUAUGUUACAGAGGGAAUGCGCGUUUUAUUUCGAGAGGGCAAAACUAAGGGUAUAGGAAAGGUUACGCAAGUUUUUCCACUAUAAUAAAAAUUGCGAAUGAUUUUAAU